UCGGGAGCGCGCCCCCCCUGGCCGAGGAAGGUGAGCGAGUGUCUGGAGGGGAGGACUCGGGAGCGCGACCAGCCGAGGGAUCGAUCGGAUUAAACUCGAUUUGAGUGAAAUUAACACAAAGGAGAGAAGAGCAACGCACACUAGUCGGCGAGGUCGCGGAUGCGAGACACGCCGGAGACGUAUUUCAUGAAAAACAAAAAAACUUGAACUUUUUUCAUCUGUUUAUUUAUAUUUCAAACUGAAAAAGGACCACGGUGGAUUUUUUUUUCAAGCAAGCGGAGAUACUAACCCUACUAACGAGGAGUUGAUUUGAUAAAAGCCCGAAGUGACCGAGCUUGCUGGGAACCUUAAUGAGGACCAUGGAGUAGAAAGCUUCAAAUUAGCAGCUAUCUGAUUAGCUCCUCACUGCACAACACACCUCCCUCCAUCCAGUCCCCUCCAUCUGUGGGCCCCCCACCCAGCCAUGGCGGACCCAGGGAUGUUGAGCUUAUUCGGGGACGAUGCAGGGCUGUUCUCAGAUGGAUUAGAUGGUUUAGGAGACUGCUUUCCUCAGCAGCCAGCCCCUGGCCAGUCCAACCCUUUAGCGCAGCAGACUAAUCCCUCUCUGAACCACGAGCACCAGGGAAACAGGGGUUACCACCAGGGGCUGAUCCACGGUGCCGGGCCCGGCCCAGGCCAGGCGAAAAUGGCUCAGAUGUACGACCACGGCCCCUACACAGGCUACGAUCAGUCUGGAGCCGCUGGAGGACGAAUGAUGGCCCAGAAUGGACCCAGCCAGGGGCCGCCAAACGUGAACACAGCCAUGAAUGGCAUGGCCUCCCACUACCACAGCAACCCGGCAAACUCUAGCAACCCCCACCAUGGGUACCAGGGCGAUGCCGGGGGAGGAGGAGGUGGGGGUGCAGUUUGGGGCCAGCAACAGCAGAGCAGAUCAGCGUAUCAGCAGGCUCCGGCACAACCAGGGGGCGCCCCCAACCAGAUGGGAGGCUACCAGAUGUCUCCAGGCAAUUAUGGCGGGAUGCAAGGUCCACCGACAUCCAACGCAGCUCGCAUGAACCAACACUACCCUCCACAGAGCAUGGCGCCCCCUCCUGCUCAGGACCCAUCUCACUACUUGGGGCACGUUGGGAUGACGGGGACCCAGAUGAGACAGCCCCAGCCCCAGGGUUAUUCCAGCAUGGGCCACACACCCCAGUACCCACACUCCCCCUCUAGACAGCCUCCACACCCCCACCAGCACCAACAGGGCAUGGGGGCAUUUGGGGGCGCUCAGUUCUCUGGCUAUCAGGCCCAGUAUGGCGCCAUGGGACCCGGGAUGGGCCAGGCCGCUAAUGCUAAUGUCAGUGCUAACACCAGCCAGGCCAUGGGACCAGGGCAGCUCGGCCAGAGGUUUAACCAGGGAUCGGGCCCAGCACCGGGGCAGCAGGGGCAGCGAUACCCCCCUGGACCACCACACCCACCCCAGCCCCUUCAGACCCAUUCUGCCCCGAUGCAGCAGCAGGCAGGGCAGCAGAGCCAGCCUAUGCACCCCCUAAACCACCCUCAGAACCUGCCCCAGCCCCAAAACCAACCCCAGUCCCACCUUGCCGCCCCAGCUCAGGGAUCUUACCCCUCCCCUUCUUCCAUGUCCCCCAUGCGGGUUUUGGGAACACCAACGCCUCCUCCACAGCAGGGCAGACCCCCUAGCGCAGGACUAGCCGGGCCCCCAGAGGUUGCAGGAUACACAACGCUGCAGUCUCCACCCAACGCCAUGGCCCAUCCACAGAGGACUCCCCAGACCCCGCUGUCUGCCCCACACUCCCAACACCAGCAGCCCCACAACAUGCCUCCGAAUGCAGGGCAGAUGUAUCCUGGCAUGGGGCCCCAGCGUGGUCCACAAAUGGGACCAAACCGGCCUCAGCUCCAGCAGCAGCAAGGGCCUCAUGAAGCUCCAGUCAGUCAGGGGGGGGACCAGCGUCUGCUCCAGGCCCAGCAGCAGGCCUCUCGAAGCGGGCAGCCCCUGCAGCCCGCUCCCAUGGGUUUCCAGGGCCCGCCUGUCGGUCAGCACGGAGCCCCGGCCCAGAGCCAGGGCUUGGUACCGCCGGCCCAGAACGCUCAGACGCAGCACGCACAUCUGCCCCCGCACCCCCACCACCUGCAGAGCACGCCCCCGCCCCCCAACCAGGUCUCCCACCCGUGGGCACCUCCGCCCAACACCUCCCACCCGCUCUCCUCACCCCCUCUUACCCCACAGAAAGUGCCUCACAUACAGCAUUCCCCCACGGACCCGUCAGGUGAUGCCUCCAUGAUGGCUCCUGACAGGCCGACGGUCGGCACCGGAGCCCCCGGCCAGCCUAUCAGCACAGAGAAGCCCAGCAACCAGGAGACCAAGCCAAAAAAGAAGAAGAAGAAGAAAGCUAAAGCGGCGGACAGAGAGGAAGAAGAGGAACGGAAGAAGGCGGUGAGAGAAAGCGGAGAGGAAGACGUGAAGUCAGAAUUUACGGGAACAGGAAGUGACGCAGGUGAACAGGUUACUGGCACAGGAACGGCGGAGGGAAGUUCGCCGCCGGUGGAGGAGAAGAAAAAGCGGAAAAAGAAACCAAAGGAGAAGGCAGAGGGCAAGGAGCCCAAAGAGCCCAAGACCCCGAAGACGCCCAAGACACCCAAAACACCCAAGACCCCCAAAGAGCCCAAGGAGCCCAAGGAGAAGAAGGCCAAGAGCUCCACGCCCAAGACCAAGACUCCCAAGAAGACCAGCAGUAAAAAGGUGGAGUCGGAGGGUGGGGCUAGCGCUGCUAAGAAGGAUUCUAAGAGGAAGAGAGAGUCAUCAGUCAGCGAAGACGUGGAGGUGAAGUCUCCACCCCCCUCUCCUCCUGAAGAAGAAGAUGACGAUGGUGUGCAGAAGCGUCGCUCUAGCCGUCAGGUGAAGAGGAAGAGGUACACGGAGGAUCUGGAGUUCAGGAUCUCUGAGGACGACGACAGCGGAGACGACUCGGCGGCACCAAAAUCCCCGUCGUCAUCCUCACAGCAACAGGACGUGGCCGAGGCUGAGGGGCCUGUUGUGGAGAAGAUCAUGGGCUUACGCACCUCCAAAAAACAGCUGGAGUCGGGGGAGGAAGUGGAGGUGGAGGAGUUCUACGUCAAGUUCAAGGGCUUUUCGUACCUCCACUGUCGCUGGGCAGAGCUGGAGGAACUGGAAAAGGACAAGAGAAUACACCAGAAGAUCAAGAGGUUUAAGGCCAAGCAGCAGCUCAACAACUUUAUAACCGAGAUGGACGACGAGCCUUUUAACCCGGACUAUGUGGAGGUGGACCGUGUCCUGGACGUUUCAGAGAGCACAGAUGAAAACGGAGAGACGGUGACCUUAUAUUUGGUGAAGUGGUGCAGUCUGCCUUAUGAAGACUCCACCUGGGAGCUGAAGGCCGACAUCGACCAGUCCAAGAUAGAGGAGUACGAACGCAUCGCGGCGCGCACACCCAACACUAAGAGAGUGGAUCGGCCUCCUGCAGCCGACUGGAAAAAGCUGGAGGGCUCCAGGGAAUACAGGAACGGCAACGCACUCAGGGAAUACCAGCUCGAAGGCCUCAACUGGCUAACCUUCAACUGGUACAACUCACGUAACUGUAUCUUGGCUGACGAGAUGGGUCUCGGGAAGACCAUCCAGUCCAUUACAUUCCUCUAUGAGAUUUACAUGAAGGGCAUCGAGGGGCCGUUCCUGGUCAUCGCCCCGCUCUCCACCAUUCCCAACUGGGAGAGAGAGUUCAGGACCUGGACUGAGCUCAACGCGGUGGUCUACCACGGCAGCCAGGCCAGCCGCAAGACCAUCCAGGCCUACGAGAUGUACUACAGAGAUGCACAGGGUAAGAUAAUAAAGGGAGUGUAUCGCUUCCACGCGGUGAUAACGACCUUUGAGAUGAUCCUGGCCGACUGUCCGGAGCUGCGCAGCAUCCCGUGGCGCUGCGUGGUGAUCGACGAAGCGCAUCGCCUCAAAAACCGCAACUGCAAACUACUGGAAGGACUCAAAAUGAUGGACAUGGAGCACAAAGUUCUGUUGACAGGAACUCCUCUCCAGAACACUGUGGAGGAGCUCUUCAGCUUACUCAACUUCCUGGAGCCUGAGAGAUUCCCGUCUGAGCAGACGUUCAUGACUGAAUUUGGAGACCUAAAGACUGAAGAGCAGGUUCAGAAACUGCAAGGCAUUCUGAAGCCCAUGAUGCUGAGAAGACUGAAGGAGGACGUGGAGAAGAACCUGGCCCCCAAAGAGGAGACCAUCAUCGAGGUGGAGCUGACCAACAUCCAGAAGAAGUACUAUCGAGCUAUUCUGGAGAAGAAUUUCUCCUUCCUGUCCAAAGGAGGUGUAGGAGGAGGAGGAGGCGGCGGCGGAGGAGGAGGAGCCAGCGUCCCCAACCUCCUCAACACCAUGAUGGAGUUGCGGAAAUGCUGCAACCACCCCUACCUCAUUAACGGAGCCGAAGAGAAGAUCAUUGAGGAGUUCAGGGACUCCCACGGCGGCAGGACGGACAUGCCGGACAUGGCCCUGCAAGCCAUGAUCCAGGCAGCCGGAAAGCUGGUGCUCAUUGACAAGCUGCUGCCCAAACUAAAGGCAGGAGGACACAGAGUCCUGGUGUUCAGUCAGAUGGUUCGCUGUCUGGACAUCCUGGAGGACUACCUCAUCCAGAAAAGAUACCCAUAUGAACGUAUAGACGGAAGAGUUCGUGGUAACCUGCGGCAGGCCGCCAUCGACAGGUUCUCCAGACCGGAUUCGGACCGUUUUGUCUUCCUGCUGUGCACGAGAGCCGGAGGACUCGGCAUCAACCUGACUGCAGCAGACACCUGCAUCAUCUUUGACUCUGACUGGAACCCCCAGAACGACCUCCAGGCCCAGGCCAGGUGCCAUCGUAUCGGCCAGUCCAAGGCGGUGAAGAUCUACCGUCUGAUCACCAGGAACAGCUACGAGAGGGAGAUGUUCGACAAGGCCAGUCUGAAGCUGGGGCUCGACAAGGCCGUCCUCCAGAGCAUGAGCGGACGAGAGAACGCCAACAGCGGGGUCCAACAGUUGUCCAAGAAGGAGAUCGAGGACCUGCUGAGAAAAGGAGCGUACGGAGCUCUCAUGGACGAGGAAGACGAAGGCUCCAAAUUCUGCGAAGAAGACAUUGACCAGAUCCUCCAGAGACGAACCCACACCAUCACUAUCGAGUCGGAGGGCAAAGGCUCGACUUUUGCGAAGGCCAGUUUUGUUGCAACGGGUAACCGGACGGACAUUUCUCUGGAGGAUCCAGACUUCUGGCAGAAAUGGGCCAAGAAGGCUGAGCUGGACAUGGACGCCAUCAACGGACGGAAUACGCUGGUUAUCGACACGCCGAGGGUGAGGAAGCAGACGACGCGACACUACAGCAGUGUCAGGGAAGAGAUGCUGGAGUUCUCCGAGCUGGAGAGCGACGAGGACGAACCGAGCAAACCUUCGUCCAAACCGAGGCGGCCCCAGGACAGCCCAGGGUACCCCAGAUCUGAGUGCUUCAGGGUGGAGAAGAACCUGCUGGUUACGGGUCACUGGGGCAGGUGGAGCGACAUCCUGGCUCACGGUCGAUUCAAACGGCCCCUGAAGGAGGCCGACGUGGAGACCAUCUGCAGAGCCCUCCUGGCCUACUGCCUGCUGCAUUACCGCGGAGACGAGAACAUCAAGAGCUUCAUCUGGGACCUGAUCACCCCGACGGCGGACGGGACCACCAAGACGCUCACCAACCACUCUGGUCUUUCUACCCCUGUACCCCGGGGCAGGAAGGGCAAGAAGGGGAAGCCCCCGGCCCCGCCCCCGCAGACUCCACGAGCUGAUUGGCUGGCCAGCUGCAAUCCUGACCACUUACUGCAAGAGGACAGCUACAAGAGACACCUGAAGCAUCACUGCAACAAGGUGCUGCUGAGAGUGAGAAUGCUGUAUUAUCUGCGACAGGAAGUCAUCGGUGACCAGGCGGAGCGCAUCCUGGAGGGAGGUGACUCCAGCGUGCUGGAUGUCUGGAUCCCCCAGCCGUUCCACGCCGAGGUCCCGGCCGACUGGUGGGACAGCGAGGCCGACAAAUCCCUGCUCAUCGGCGUCUUCAAACACGGCUAUGAGAAGUACAACUCCAUGCGAGCCGACCCCGCCCUGUGUUUCUUGGAGCGGGUCGGCAUGCCGGACGCCAAAGCGAUCGCCGCCGAGCAGAGGGGCUCCGACAUGAUGGCAGAUGGCGUUGAGGGCGAGGACGAGGAUCCAGAGUACAAGCCGCUGCGCAUGCCUUUCAAAGACGACCUGGACGACUUCACCAACUCUCCGCUGGACGACAAAGACGACGCCGUGGAGGGCGAGGCUGAAGCUAAAUCAGGUGAAAACGGUCAAAGCGCACCCGCCGUGGGAGGAGCUUCGGGCUCCAGCGAGCGUCUCUAUUGGCCAGCAGCCUCAGCUCUGACGGCUCGCCUGCGUCGCCUCAUCACGGCUUACCAGCGCUCCAACCGCAGAGAGCAGCUCCGCCAGGAGGCCCUCAACCGACCUGACGGCCGCCGGCGACGACGCAGGGAGUUCCUGCCCUCCAUGGCCAUGGUCGCUGAGACUGGAGGAGGAGCAGCUUACAUCCAGGAUGGAGCGGGGGUGUUCAUGACAGAAGGAAGCCCCUAUCUGGCCAAAGGAGGCGCUUACUUUGCCAAAGGUGGACAGUUCAUGCCAGAGGCGUCGCCGGUGAUGACCGCCAGCUCCCUGAUGGCCGAUGGAGCGAUGUACUACAAGGAGAGAAGACAGAGAUGGACUCGCCGUGAGGAGGCCGACUUCUAUCGCGUCGUCUCCACCUUCGGAGUCGUCUUUGACACCCAGCGUCAGAAAUUUGAUUGGACACAGUUCAGGGCCUUCGCUCGACUGGACAAGAAAACGGACGAGAGCUUGGAGAAGUAUUACUACUCGUUCAUCGCCAUGUGUAAACGGGUCUGCCGGAUGCAGAUCAAGACUGAAACAGAACUCCCCGACCCGACCCUGAUCAUCGACCCCAUCACAGAGGAGCGCGCCUCCCGGACCUUGUACCGCAUCGAGCUGCUCCGUCGCAUCCGAGAGCAGGUCCUUCCUCAUCCGCUGCUCUCUGAGCGCCUCAAGCUCUGCCAGCCUUCUCCGGACCUCCCCGAGUGGUGGGAGUGCGGACGUCACGACCGAGACCUCCUCCUGGGGGCGUCCAAGCACGGAGUGAGCCGCACAGAUUAUCACAUCCUGAACGACCCCGCCUUGGCCUUCCUGGAAGCCCACCAGCGCUUCACCAGCCAGCGGGGGGCCGGAGCCGCCGUCGGAGAGAUCACCAAAGCCGGCAUGGCGGCGCAGGAAGCCGCCUCUGCUCCGCUCCUCACCCCUGCAGAGCUGGCGAACGCUGCAGCUGCUGCCAAAAUUGCUGUUAACUCGGCUAAAGAAGAGGAGGGUGAGGGGAAAGGUGUGAAGACGGAGGAAGGGAAGGCAGAGACAGAGGUGAAAAUGGAAACGGAGGGAGCAGAUGCCAACGACAUUCCAUGUACCAACACUGAAGCCCCCGAUGAGCAGAAGGAAAAUGAGGGAGAGGUCAAAGAAACGACGGAUGAAACGGCCGCUUCGCCGGAGAAGGAGGUGAAGAAAGAAGAGGAGGUCCAACCAAAAGUGGAGAAAGAGGAGCAGAAGGAUGAGCAGAGCGGAGAGGAGGAGAAGAAACCCGAGAAUGACCAAGACAAAGACUUGACUGAAGAGAAGAGCAGCUCGAGUCCUGCCGAGUCUCGCAGUGACCAGAAGGAGACGAACACCGAUGCGCCCGAACGUCCCAACUCUCCUCCCAAAGCAGAGCCGAGCCACAAGCCUGCAGAGGAGGAGGACGGAGAGGAGAAGGAGAACCCAGAGUCUCCUAAAUCUCCAAAGUCUGCUGACACAGAGAAGAGAUCCGAGGAGGAAGAGGAGGAGAGGCUGGAUGAAGACGACAAAUCAGAGAAAUCCUCUCAGGCUGAAGCGAGCGCGGCGUCAGAGCAGAAGAACUUUGACGAGGAGAGCAUCGCGUCUCUGAGCACGUCUGCCCGAGACGAAACCAGAGAUGGGUUCUGCCCCGACGACCUGCCAGAAACUUCAGCCCUGCAGGCCUUACAGGACCGAGCCUACGCCUUCUCCUUCUGGCCUAAGGACCGAGUGAUGAUCAACAGGAUGGAUAACAUCUGCGAGGCGGUCCUGAAGGGCAAGUGGCCCGUCAACAGACGUCACGUCUUUGACUUCCCCGGCAACCUGUUGCCAGGGCACGGCUCCACGGCAACCGCAGCGGCCGUAGCCACGGCGACCGACAGCCCGCUGCAGAGGCGGAGCCUGGCCGAGCUGACGAUGGCCGGCCUCCACACGGCGUACAGCGGGAGCGAAGAUAAAACACUAUCGCCACAGGUUCACGAGGACGCUCUGAGCCUGACGGUGCCUCGACAAAGGAGGAGGAGGAGGAGAAAGAUUGAGAUUGAGGCAGAGAGAGCAGCCAAGAGACGCAACCUGAUGGAGAUGGUGGCUCAGCUGAGAGAAAGCCACGCCGCCGCCGAGUCCCAGAGCCAAGCUAUAGACCUCACCAAGGGUAUGCACCAUCACCACAAGGCCUCUCCCUCAUUGGCCGGUUUCCCCAGCGCCCUGGUGACAAACCCCUCCCUUAAAGCCCAGAUGGAGCUGCUGCAACAAGCCCCGCCCUCGGCACACAGAGCCAACGGCUCACUGGACGCCGACCUGCCCAUCAUGAGGAGGAGGCGGGGCCGCAGGAAAAAUGUGGAGGGCCUGGAGCUGCUGUUUAUGAGCAACAAGAGAGCCGGAGGGGACGAUGCCGACGGGGUGAAGGUUUCUGGUGUGGACGGGGCUCAGGAUGCCGCUCGUGCCCACAGACCCCUCACCAUCUCCGAGCAGAGCCCCAGUGCCAGGUCUCUGGCCUCCGGAAGUCUGGAUGAGGAGGAGGCAGCAGUUUCCAACAAGGAGCUGGGAGAGUGGCUGAGGCAGCACCCGACGUACACCAUGGACAUGUCUGGAUUCACACCAAAGAGCGAAGAGUUACUGCUGUCUCAGUUCUCCAAGCCCAAGCAGAAGCGCCAUCGCUGUCGAAACCCCAACAAGAUCGACAUCAACACCCUGACCGGGGAUGAGAGAGUGCCUGUGGUCAACAGACGAAACGGACGCAAGAUGGGCGGUGCCAUGGCUCCACCGAUGAAGGAGCUUCCAAGGUGGUUAGUGGAGAACCCCGAGUUUUCCAUCGCUCCUGAUUGGACAGAGAUCGUCAAACAGUCGGGUUUCCUCCCAGAAGCCAUGUUUGACCGCCUUCUAACGGGCCCUGUGGUCAGAGAGGAGGGCGUCCGUCGUCGGGGGCGACGACCCAAAUCUGAGAUCGCCAAAGCAGCCGCCGCCGCUCAGGCAGCAGCAGCAGCUCAGGCUGCUCAGGCUUCACUGGCCUCUGCUGCUUCAUCUGCAGGAGGCAUCAACCCUCUGCUGCUCAACAGUCUGUUUGGAGGGAUGGACCUGUCUUCUCUCCAGAGCCUCCAGUCUCUCCAGUUGGCUGCUGGUCUGAUGGCCUUCCCGGCUCCCACCGACCCCAAGCAGGCCGCCGCCAGCGCCGCCGCCGCCUCCAUGCUGCCUCUCAUGCUGCCCGGCAUGGGAGGCCUGCCCAACAUGGCCGCCGCCCUCCCCAACAUGUUCAGCCUGGGCGGGCUCUUCGGCGGUAACCUGGCAACCGCCACCGCCGCCUCCAACGCCGCUGUCGCUGCUGCUGCUGCUGCCGGCAACACCAACGGAACGGUGGAGGCAGAAGGAGGCGAUGAGACGGCGAAGAGGAAGAGACAGACGGAGGAGAAAAACGAAGGACACGACGGCGACAAGGCAGAGGAGGAGGAAGAGGAGGCUGAGGAGGAAGGAGUGAGUAAAGCCAAGAAGAAGAAGAUGGAGAAAGAGGGAGGAGCAGAGAAACCACUCAAUGAUGUCAGCGCAGCAGCUCGGGUCCCGGCUGCCGAUUCGUCAGCUGAGGCGUCCAUCAACGGUGACGCCGCCGCCCUGCUGGCUGCAGCCGGUAUGUCUGCCAACUCCCUGGCCUUCAACCCCUUCCUCCUGUCCACCAUGGCCCCCGGCCUCCUCUACCCCUCCAUGUUCCUACCUCCGGGCCUGGCGGGGCUCAGCCUGCCCGGCUUCCCCACCGCCUCCACGCUGGCCGAGCUGCAGAGCGCCAUGGCCGGAGCUCUGGGGGGCAACGCCGUCACCCAACCCCCCAGAGACGAGGAGGAGGACAAGAAGGAGAGCCUGAAAGCUGCAGGAGAGGAGGAGGAGGAGGAGGAGGAAGAGGAUGGAGGAGGAGAGAGUGACUUGGCUGAGGAGAAGGAGGGGGGAGCAGAGGGGGAGACGAGAGGAGAAGCUGAGGAUUCAGCAGCAGAGGAGGGAGGGAUGGGAGGAGAGGAGGAGGAGGAGGAGGAGGAGGAGGAAGAGGAGGCGUCUCCACAGAAGGACAAGAGUGACUGAAUGACAGAGUGACUGGCCUUGGACAUUUCCUCUGACCUCCACGUUUACACACCUCCACCAGAAAUAUCCAAACAAUUAUGAAUCCUGUUUUAUUUUUUUCUUUGUGUUGUUGUUGAUGAUUUCUUUCACUCUUUGUUGUUUAUUUUUGGCCAGGUAUAUUUACUAUGCGUCAGAGAGGCCGAGGUUUGUGUGUGUUUAAGUUAAAUCUCUCUGAUCGAUAGUUAGUCAGGGAAAAUCCUCACGCCGCUCAGCAGAGCUCGGCUCUUCAACGACUGUUUCUUUCUUCUUCCUCUGGUCGUGUGCUGUGAGCGGUGCACUCACGUUUCUCUCUCAGAUAGGACUUCACAAGGUUCCAAUAGUACUAUUAUUAUUAUUAUUAUUAUUAUUAUUGCUGCUUUCAGCUCUCAAGUCUUUAUUUUUUUAUUUUGGCCUCCUUCUUCUUCGUCUGGACUGUUUUGUUGUUGUUGGUUGUUGGCAGCAUCUCAUCAGAAGAAGGAGAACCGCUGGGGUUCCUCCUGACAUCAGUUCUCGAACGAAAAGAAAAGAAAACAGCAUUACAGCUCACCGGCUGUCUGUCUGACAAAGCUGCUGCAAAAGGAAUCGUGGGUAAUGGAGUUCUGCUCUGUCUCGGAGCGGAUUGUGUUUUUAUUAGUUCUCACAUAUCAGAGCAGGAGGAAAACUAGACGCCUAAACUCAGUCUCACACACUGACCCCACACACACACACACACACACACACACACACACACAGGUGUCCGCCACUACACGCACACACUAACCUUCUGUCAUGUGACUGUUUGUGGGCGGACUCGUCCUGCAGCUGUUUUCCUCGAUACUGUUAUCAGUCCCACACUGAAUACCGAGUCUUUCCGCCGCCGCCUCAGUCCUGUCUCUCUCUCUCUGCUCGGGGCGGCUGGUUCCGGUUCAGGAGGUGGCAGGCGGGCUGGGUCUGCCGCCCAUCAGGCCUUCUGAUUGGUCCGGAGCCGGCCGUCGUCGUCCGGAGGCUUCUGUGAAUGGACUCGGAGCGGCGGUCCACACAGGGAUGUGACGCUUCAGGUUUGUUCUUUAAACGACGGUGGAGUUCCCGGUGGCUGCCACAUCACGAGUUUAUUUUAUUUUCUUCUUCGUUCCUUCACAUCCCGGUAGUUCCAGACCAAGUGCUGCUCCCUAAAGACUGUUGCUCUAGUCACACACACUGACACCGGCCUGGCCCCGAACAGGACUGACACAUUUUCAACAGAGUUUGGAAAGUUUUUCUACAUGAAGUUCGACUCUGCUGCUCGCCGAGUAGGUUCCUUUCUUUUGUUGUUGUUUUUUUUUGAAUACUUGAAAAGCGCUUGGUUUGUUUCCAUUCCCCCCCCCGAGGCCAGUUCAAGUGUCUGAGAUGAAUCAAGCGCUGCGAGCGGUUCAGAUAUUUGAAAGUACAUUAAAACACACAAACACACACCGUGGCCAGGUCUUCUUAACGUUUGCUCUCACAGCAGCCCAGCAGACGGAGAGGAGCGCCUCUGACUGAACGAAGACGCCUUCAGCCGUCAGAGAGCCUCGUUCUCCUCUCCCACGCUGAGACAGCAAUAACCAAGGCAGCUUUUGAAUGUUCCAACAUCACUCUCCCCACACACACACACACACACACACACACACACACACACACACACACACACACACACACGCUAUAUGAAUAACCACAAGUGUCGUAUGAAUAGAAAAACUAAAACUAAAACUGUAAAUGAUGACAAAUGAGUACUGCAAUCAAUUUUGUCUCACUCUGUUCCUGUUGAUGCACUGGUGUUAAAGAGUUAAAAUAAUCAGGUACCUUUAUUACUUAGCUACUUUUCUUGAAAAAAAAUGGACUUUUUGUUACUUUUAGCCAGCAAGCUGAAGAGCAUUACCUCAAAAUUCUUAUCUAGCCUUGAAGUUUACAAACAUACCAUGUAAAUGUUUUUUUCCUCUUUAUUUUUUUCUUUUUUGGUGUGUGUCUUUUUGUUUUUUUGUUUUUUUGGAGACAUCAUGUAUGAUGAAUUGUAGCUAUGAUGCUUUUAAUAAAAGUGAAUCACGAUAUUCGCCUAGGAAACCAA